GGCAUAGGCCGUCCUUCUUGGAAGAGGCGGCCAUACCUGCCGAGCACCUCCCUCCCUGUCUGCCUCCCCCGGGCACAAGCGGACUGGGUCGGAGCCCGGGAGGUCGCUCGGCCAUGGCGGUGUCUCGCGCAGAGCGCUGCGCUGCGCGGGUGCUGCGCCUGGUGUCGCGCGCUUUCGUGGCGCUGCUGGGGUUGGUGUCGCGCGCCCCCGCCCUGGCCACCCCUGCCCCCUUUUCGCCCGCUGGAUGCCCCGGCUCGGCCCCGCGCAAGGCCCGCUGCGUCCCGCCGCCCUCCGACGAGCUGCUUUUCCUAUCCGGGGUGGAACUAGCGCGGCGAAUCCGGAGUAAAGCGGUGACGUGUGUAAAUGUCAUAGAAACUUUCAUUGGGAGGAUCAAAGAAGUCAACCCACUGAUAAAUGCCGUUGUCAAGGACAGGUUCGAGGCAGCCCUGCAGGAGGCUCAUCAGGUGGACAAGCUGCUAUCUGAAGGCCAUGACAGUGAAGAGUCACUGCGGGAAAAGUUCCCUUACUUGGGGGUUCCUGUCACCAUCAAAGAGGCCUUUGCGCUACAAGGGAUGCCCAACACCGCUGGCCUGGUUAACCGCCGCCACAUAAUCUCUACCACUGAUGCCACAGUAGUGUCACGGUUGAAGCAAGCUGGCGCCAUCCCACUUGGUGUGACCAACUGCAGCGAACUGUGCAUGUGGUAUGAGUCAAGCAACCUCCUCUAUGGCCGAUCGAACAACCCAUAUGACCUGCAGUGCAUCGUGGGAGGCAGUUCAGGGGGAGAGGGCUGCAUCCUGGGAGCUGCCGGCUCGGUGAUUGGCGUCGGCUCAGAUAUCGGAGGCAGCAUCCGGAUGCCCGCCUUCUUCAACGGCGUCUUUGGACACAAGCCCACUACAGGCAUCGUUCCCAAUGAGGGCCAGUUCCCUAGCGCCGUGGGCAUACGUACAGAUUUUCUGUGCACGGGGCCCAUGUGUCGAUACGCAGAAGAUCUGGAGCCUGCGUUGAGGAUCAUGGCUGGACCAGGAGUUGAAAAAUUGAAGCUGAAUGAAAAGGUAUCCCUGGAGAAAGUAAAAUUCUACUUUAUGGAGCAUGACGGGGGUUCCCCUUUUGUUUCCCCGGUGGACAAAGAAAUUCUUGAAGCUCAGCAGAAGGUGAUAGAAAAUCUGGAGGCUAAACUGGGAGUUGAAGUUCAUCACUUGGCAAUUAGCAAAAUGAAGUAUUCGUUCCAGAUCUGGGCGACCUUGAUGUCUGUAAAUUCUUCCAGCGAUGGACAGAAAAUUCCAAACUUCACGGACCUGCUCGGAGACCACGGGAAGCCCGUGUGGCCGUCUUGGGAGCUCUUGAAAUGGCUAGUGGGGAGGUCUUCACAUACCUUUCCAGCCAUUGCACUAGGGAUGAGUGAAAGGCUUGUGAACUGGAACCCUAAGGCGAAAACCAAGGCGGAAGGCAUGGCCCGCAGUCUGCAGGAAGAGAUGGCUGAUUUGUUAAAGGACGACGGUGUCUUCCUGUACCCUCCUCACCCUGUAGUAGCUCCCAGGCAUCAUGAGCCUCUGGGGAUGCCCUUCAAUUUUGCCUACACAGCCAUCUUCAACAUACUUGGCUUCCCGGUGACCCAGUGCCCACUGGGCUUGAGCAAAGAAGGCCUUCCGCUGGGCAUCCAAGUGGUGGCCGGCCGUCACAAUGACCACUUGACCCUGGCCAUGGCGCGGUACUUGGAACAGGAGUUUGGAGGCUGGGUUUGUCCUGGCAAAGGUUAACAUCGCUUGCGCGGGAGCCAGAGGUAGCGGGAUCAUGAAGGCCACACCACCUGUGACAGAUCUAGCAACAGGAACUGUGCCUGAAGUAGAAGGUAUCUUAGAUGCAGGAGCCAGCCUACCAUUUCAGGCACUCCUUCCAAUAUGGUGGCGGGCAAGCUGCCCUUUUCCUUUUUCUCCCUUCCCCAGUUGUAUCUGAUGUGAAACGGUUAGGGGGAAAGGAUGUGCUACAGUCAGAUUUUUGGAUCUCGGCUGGAGAGAGUCCUGUUUGAGCGAAUACAGCCUUGUUUACCUUUUUAUUUUUAUUUUUUGUCUUGAAGAAGGUAUCAAUACAACCUCUGCUGCUCCCCGCCCCCCUGCUUUAAGGACCCAACCAGAUCUAGGACCAUUAGAGGUCUGCUGUGAAGGCUUAUUUGUGGGAGAUUUGGGGACCUCCAGGUUUUGGCAACUUGAACGGAACAUGGGCGGCAAUGAAGCCACUUUCCCUGGGCUCAGCUGGGCUUGAAUGUUUCCACUUCUCAACACUGGCUGCCUGCUUGACUGUAGGGUUUUGUAAAGCUCAGGGUUGGGGCAGGCAAAUGUGCAGAGCAGCUGUUGACUCCCACAAGGCAUAUGCUGAUAAGUUAGGGUAAUCUCCUUGGGGGGGGCAUGGUGCAGUGCCCGUUCUUUUCCACAGCAGUGGGGCAGGAUCUGCCGGGCUCCAAGAUAUAGUUUGUAUUGGUGCAGGAGUUUCUUUUUCCUCCUGAUGCUCACUGGUUGUGGGACCUCUUGGCAUCAUUCCAUUCUCUUAACCGGGGACACCAAAAAACACGCCGUCCUGUAGACUCUAACCUAUGCCACUCCAUUGGUAUAAAAGAGAAUCUAAUAACGUCUCUAGCGUUGUCUUCAUUCCUAACAGCUGGCGCCUGUGGCCAGAUUCUAGAGCUGCUAGUCUUCAGGAAGUUAGGGACCAAGAUGUGUUUAUUUUGAUCAGAGACUCCGAGGUGAACCGUGUAAGGAGGUAACUAAAUGGGAGAUGCUGUUUUUCAAGAAUGAUACACUUCAGUGUGGAAAAAAUGAAAAAUUUUUUAAAAAUACUGUAUAAUAAAAAAAAAACCCUGUGUAACUUA